AUGAGUGAGGAACGUUUAAAAAGCUAUUCUCACAACACCCAAUCAUCUAACUUGCGACGCACAAAAUCAGAAAAUGAUGUUGACACUUUGCCUCACGAACAUCGCCGCCUCAUGAGUCAAAAACCCUUAAAUGUCCAUUCUCAUAUUAUGCCAACAGCGAAACUGCAACAUUCAAAAUCAACGGAGGAAAGCAAUCCGUGGCAUGAAAACAAUCGAAAGCUGAAAGAAGGAUUAAUUAGCUACCCUUACGGCGAUGCCUACCAAAAUUUCAAAGUGCCUCGUUCAGAAACGAUGUUAAAUUGGAACGAUUUUAGACAUGGUUUGAGUUAA